AUGGCUGAAUCUCAAAAUCAUUAUGUGGAGGACAAGAAGACGGACGCAAAAGAGUUACCUCUAUUUUCUCAAUGGUCACACCCCAAGCAAACAGUUGUCCUGGAUCACCUAGCAGAAGGAAAAGAAUACCUAUACAAGAUAAAGUCAGAGUUCACCAGUAAGGACAUACCGUUCUAUGCAACAGUUUGCAGGAAAGAUGCUGCCCUGACGAUGCAGCCUGAGAGUGGAGUGCUUGUGGUAAAGCGUGCAGGGUUACUAUUUGUAGAAAUAAGUAGAAUUUUACAAAUUACAAACAGAAAUAGAGAAGAGAAAGCCAUGAAUUCUACCUUGGGGCUUGAGGUGGUCCAUGAUGCCAAAUUAGAACUGAGUUUGAAAGGUGGAUGUAAGUUCAUCAAUGAGAGAAGGGAGGAAAGGAGGCAGCUUUCCACAGAGCAAAUGCAUGGAAACCUGAGUGUGAAUGGCUUCAUCAGCUGGCUCCUCAUCUUUGAGGUUUACUCUGACAGCUCUGAAGCUCGGGCAAUAUACAACAAUAUAGACAAAGAGGAGGCGCUGAAAAGUUCUGGGGACAGAGGCCCCAAAGAACCACCACCCACCCCAGUCCACAGCAACCAUGGGUGGUCCCUUACGGAAAGGGGGAAGGCGUGUCAGCAGGGGUCGUGGCCCCCAAGGUCCUUCACCUCCAUGCGCAUGCGCACUGAGCUGACCAGUCAGAGAGGAGCCGGCAUCAGGGGUCCCUCAGGUUCAGGGGUCGCCUCUAACUUCCCAGGACAGCCAACCAUGGAGCCCGUGGGCAGGAAGCGCAGCAGGAAGGCUGCCAAAGCUCAGUUGGAGGCUCAAGUUAGGGCCGCCCCGGCGAAGAAGCACACAGGAAAGGAUCCAGUCAGUGAUGAAUGUGAGGAAAGAAACCCUUUUACAGAAACAAGGAAGGAAGAUGUAACUGAAGAGCAUGGGGAAAGAGAACCUUUUGCUGAAACAGAUCAACACACGGGGAUUCAUACCAUGAAGCUAGAAUAUAUUGCAGCUGACAUUAAAAAGGACCUUGCUGCAAAAAGAGAAACGAUAAAAAUAGAUAAAGCAGCUUACAGGAAAACCAAUAACACAAUUGAACGUGCUUUGAAAAAAAAAACAACUAAAAAGGUAUGAUUGCAGAAACGUGAUUAUAGACAUGCUCGGAAGUUGCUGAAUGUCCUUAAAGAAUACAUCGCAGAGAAGCAGAAAGAUGAUGAAGCAGAAGAAGCAGAAGCCGCAGCAGCAGCAGCAGCAGCAGCAGCAGCAGAAGCCGCAGCAGCAGCAGCAGCAGAAGUAAUAGUAGUAGAAGACGAAGAGGAGGAAGAGAAGGAGGAGGAGGAGGAGAAAGAAGAGGAAGAAGAAGGAGAAGAAGAAGGAGGAGGAGAAGGAGAAGAAACAGAAGAAGAAGAAGACGAAGAGGAAGAGGAAGAAGAGGAAGAGGAAGAAGAACAAAUUAAAGCAUUUCAAGAAAAACAGAAGAGGUGGCAACAACCUACAGGUGUUAGGAGCUGGAGGCUGAGAGAGAUGAAGCCGCUACUUGAGCAAUUACUAAAGGCUGCCAAGGACACUAAAGACAAUUAUUGCAUCAUUUCUUCCAGUGAAGAAAGUGAACUUGAUAACUAGCCGUGUUUUUAAAUAAAAUCGUGUCAGAACUGUUUUGGAAAAGUUGGCACUUACCCAGUUGUCUCUUCAACCUCUGUUAUUCUGAUGACUGAAGAAAGAACUUGAACCUAUGUUAUAUGAUACAAGCACAACUUGAGCUACAGUAAACUACAUGACAGUGUUUUGAUAAUUGUUGUAUAAAUUCAUAUAGCUCCUCUGUCAUUUGUUAAAUGCCAGACCUCGUUUCUAUGAUCUGUUGAAUGAAUCCUAGACACUUCUGUGAGAAAGCAGGGAUUGCAUAGUUAUGUACACGGUCAAUUAAAUUUUAACAUUAAAGAUAAUUUAGAUUUCGA